AUGAAAUUCUCCAUCUUCCUCGUCGCUGCCAUCGCCAUUCUUGGUGUCGUCACAGCUACCGACCAGCCUGCCGUGACAACACCAGCCGAAGCUCUCAAGAAGAUUCAGGCGUCCGCCUUACCCGAUGGCGUCACGCUAACUGGUACGACGGAGAAGAUUGACCCACCUGCUACUGCAGUUGUCGCGAAGGAAUCACAUGCCCGUGAUGACAAGGAUGAUGACGAUGAUGAAAAGGAGCAAUUCGGCUGGGGUUUAGGAGGUCUUGGUGGAUGGGGCCUCGGCGGCUGGGGCAGUUGGGGAGGCUGGGGAGGAUAUGGCCCCUCUUCCUUACUAUUUACUGGCUCUGUAUCCUAUGUAUAUGUAAACAUGUAUAGUCGCUAUAUUAACUACGUAUAG